CACUGAGAUAUACUUAACUACGAAACGUUCACUUUGCAUUCUUUUGAUCGUUCAUAAAAUCACAGACCAAUAAAACUAAAAAUUCGGAAUACAAUACACGAAGGUACCCACGUAUGAGGAGAAUAUAUGAUAAAUACUCGGUGGCGUUUAAUAAUUUCUACGUCUCUGAUUGGUUAGCGUAAAUAGUAGCGGGCCAAUCAUAGAAAAGGCUAACACUAACUGUGAUAUUUUGAACAGCGUCAACUUCAGUUGCCCAAAAAAGACAAAUGGACACAACAGUAACGUAUUAAUGGCAUGAGAAUUUAAUAAAUGAGAAACAUUGUUAAAUCAGAGUAUUUUACAUCAUAAUUUGUACGUACAAGUAAACUCGGAUCUUUUUAUCUUAAACAAUUGCAAAAUGGCUCCAUCAAAAAUUUCAAAUAUGGCAAAUAAACAAAGUGGUACUAAUGUAACCAAUACAAGAAAACGAGUAACUACUAGGAGUCAAAAUGCUGUAUUAAACAAUGUUUUACUCAAGGCUUCUAUUGGCAAAGAUUCCCGUAUCAAAAGAAAAGCAGAAGCAUCUCCACCAAAAGAAAAGACAGUAAAAAGAUCUGCAUUAGGAAAUAUUACUAAUGCAAUUGGAAAAACAUUGGGAACAUAUCAAACAAACCAAGAACCAAAGAAAACAGUAAAAAAGGCAGCUGUUACUCAAGUAAAACCUUUCACUCAGACAAGUUCUGUUAGAACGCUUGAAAAAGUUGUGACUAAACCAGAGGUAGUACCUCAGAAACCAAAACCAGUGCCUCGUGUGAAACCAAUGAAAAAAGAUGAAGAAAAAAUUGAAGUACCCAUUAAAAUUGUAAAAGUUAGACGUAGUUUAGACUUAGAAAAAUCAGAAGACAGUUCUUUGUAUGUAAGUGCGUUAGAAGAUGUUGGAGAUGACAUUGACAGGAAAUCCAGAAAAAGUAAUACACAGCCAGAAGAAACUGAAAAGACAGAAGCAGAACAGACAAAAACAGAAAGUGAACCAAGCGAGUCCCAAAUACUUGCAAAAACUGAAGAAAAAUUAAAGACAAGUCAAUUAGAUGCUAUUCCUGAAAGAGUAUUACCUGAAGGUGUUCAGUGGGAUUUUGAUGCAGAAAAUUGGCUAGAUCCAUUUCAAGUCUCUCAUUAUGCCAUGGAUAUUUUCAAUUACUUAAAAGACAGAGAACGUUUGUUUCCUAUUGGAGAUUAUAUGGAAAAACAAGUAUGUCUCUCAAGAUGGAUGAGAGCUUUAUUAGUUGAUUGGAUGGUAGAAGUUCAAGAAUCUUUUGAACUUAAUCAUGAAACUUUGUAUCUGGCUGUGAAACUAGUUGAUCUAUAUUUGACAAAAGUAACUGUUGGGAAAGAAACAUUACAAUUGUUAGGUGCUGCAAGUCUUUUCAUAGCAAGUAAAUAUGAUGAAAGAAUACCUCCGAUGGUGGAAGAUUUCUUGUAUAUAUGUGACGGUGCUUACACGCAAAGAGAAUUAAUUAGAAUGGAAAUGAGUAUAUUAAAAGUAAUUGAUUUUGAUCUUGGUAUACCUCUUUCUUAUCGAUUUCUUAGACGAUAUGCUAGGUGUGCAAAAGUUUCAAUGCCGACAUUAACAUUAGCUCGAUAUAUUUUGGAGUAUUCAUUAAUGGAUUAUUCAACAAUAAUGUUCAGCGAUAGUAAAAUGGCUGCAUCUGCACUCUUUCUAGCAUUACAAAUGAAAGAUUUAGGAGGAUGGACUCCUACCCUAAAAUAUUACAGCGGUUAUACUGUUGAUGACAUACGAGAUAUCGUAAAUCUUUUAAACGAAGGGUUACAUCGGAAACAUAAAGAAGCUCUCACUACUAUACGCAACAAGUACAGUCACAAGAUAUUUUUUGAAGUAGCAAAGCUGCCAUUAAAAGACACAUUAGAUAUAUAGUUUAAUUAAAGAAAUAUAGUUGACAAUAAUACACAGGAUUGCCUAGUUAUUGUUAGGUAACUCGUAGUAAAAUUUAU